AUGCACAUAUCUUAGGCAGUGAAAAGCUAAAACCUAGCAAAAGCGAGCACUUUCUUCUUCACUGUUAUUUUCCCCUUCUCUUUCUAAUUCUGUACGCUUUUUAUCCUCCUUCACAAUGCAUAGAAUCGUGUUGCAAAGGGAAAUCAGAAGCAGAGCUUCCCACGCGGCUCUUUCUUGGUUCAAUUCUUCCAAUCUUUAUAGGUAUGCUCAUUCAUUACCUUUUGCGACUGUUGAAGUUGAAGGGAUAUCGGGUUCUCAACCUGCCGAAGUACAAAACUUGGUGCAAGGUAAAUGGAAAGGAUCUGCAGCUUGGAACACUCUUGUGGAUCCUUUGAAUGGAGAGCCAUUCAUUAAAGUUGCAGAAAUAGAUGAAAGUGGAGUUCAGCCAUUUAUAGAGAGCUUGUCCAGGUGUCCAAAACAUGGUUUACACAAUCCCUUUAAAUCACCUGAGAGAUAUGUCUUAUAUGGAGACAUAUCUGCUAAGGCAGCACACAUGCUUUCCUUGCCAAAGGUGUCCGAUUUCUUCACUAGGUUAAUACAAAGAGUCUCUCCUAAAAGCUAUCAACAGGCCUUUGGUGAAGUUCAUGUCACACAGAAGUUCCUUGAAAACUUCUCUGGUGAUCAGGUUUGUUUCCUAGCAAGGUCUUUUGCAGUACCCGGAAAUCAUAUUGGACAGCAAAGCCAUGGGUACCGUUGGCCUUAUGGUCCGGUCGCUAUUAUUACGCCCUUCAAUUUCCCACUUGAGAUUCCUGUACUUCAACUUAUGGGAGCACUCUAUAUGGGCAAUAAACCCGUUCUUAAAGUUGAUAGCAAGGUAAGCAUCGUAAUGGAGCAAAUGAUGCGCUUGCUUCAUCAUUGUGGGUUACCACCAGAAGACGUGGACUUCAUAAAUUCUGAUGGGAAGACCAUGAACAAACUGCUGAUGGAGGCAAAUCCACGAAUGACCCUCUUUACUGGAAGUUCAAGAGUAGCAGAGAAAUUAGCCGUUGACCUGAAGGGUCGCGUGAAACUGGAAGAUGCAGGAUUUGAUUGGAAAGUUCUUGGUCCUGAUGUUGAAGAGGUCGAUUAUGUUGCUUGGGUAUGCGACCAGGAUGCAUAUGCAUGCAGUGGUCAGAAAUGCUCAGCACAAUCAAUAUUAUUCAUGCACGAGAAUUGGUCUACGGGUUCACUCAUUUCGAAAAUAAAAGGUCUUGCCGAGAGAAGGAAGCUAGAAGAUUUAACCGUUGGCCCUGUCCUUACUGUUACAACUGAAGCGAUGUUGGAGCACAAGAAGAAAUUACUUCAAAUUCCAGGCUCUAAGUUACUUUUUGGAGGUGAACCCUUGGAAAAUCAUUCAAUUCCAACCAUUUAUGGUGCUAUGAAGCCGACUGCAGUAUACGUUCCUCUUGAAGAAAUUUUAAAACCAGCUAAUUACGAGCUCGUAACCAAAGAAAUCUUCGGCCCGUUUCAGAUUAUAACCGAGUAUAAGAAGGAUCAAUUAGCAAUGGUGCUGGAUGCUUUGGAACGAAUGCAUGCACAUCUAACAGCUGCAGUUGUCUCGAAUGAUCACAUUUUCUUGCAGGAUGUCAUCGGGAAAACAGUGAAUGGGACGACUUAUGCUGGAUUGAGAGCACGGACUACUGGAGCUCCACAAAACCACUGGUUCGGACCCGCCGGAGAUCCUAGAGGAGCCGGAAUCGGGACACCAGAAGCUAUAAAGCUUGUUUGGUCAUGUCACAGGGAAAUCAUAUAUGAUUUGGGUCCCGUGCCAAGGGGAUGGGAAAUUCCACCCUCAACUUGAGAAGAGGGAAUUCAAAAGCAACAUUUAGGGGGUUUCAUCUAUGCUUUUUUGCCAGUUCCAUUGCAGUUUUAGGAAUAAUAUGAGAGAAAUUUUGGUCUUUCUCUAGUAUAAUGUAGUCUCUUAGUUUUAGGAUGUGUUACACGGGGAUGAUACUUGCGUACCCGUAGUUGGAUGUGUCGGAC